AUGACAUCGAACAACAAUAGUUUAGAUCCUGAAGCAAGCGAGGAAACUCCGUUAUUCCAAUCAACCGUAGAUGCAGAAUCUACUGAGGAGUCCGAAAUCUGGGAAGAGAUGGAUCGUCCGUGGCCGGCCUCGUUCGAACGAUCCGUGUCUUUGCUCUCAAGUCCAAUGUUUGGUGUGGAAGAAGUGAAGCAUUUUACAAAAAGCCCAAAGCCAGGAAACAUGCGGCUGGCUGACCGGCGUCUGAUGUCAACUCCAAUAGCCCCAGCUGGUGCACUUGUGCGACCAUUAACACGCAACAAGUCAAUGGACGCAAAGACAAAUAUUCUUUCGGGAGACAUCAACAACCUGAAUUUCAAGCAAACGAAAGAAGACCUGAGGAAGCAGGCACAGGGGGCCGCAAAAUACCGAGCCCGUAUUCUGAAGCAGCAAGCAAACUUAACACAAGGUGGAUCAGCUAUGGAAAAAAAACGGAAGGAUUCGGAAGGCAAAGCUACAAAUGCUCAGUGUAUUUUCAAUAUGUCGAAUAUUUUGAUGGGCGUGGGUCUCUUGACACUUCCAUAUACGUGCAAGGUUGCCGGGACAAUUGGUGGAAUUGUUGCAAUUGUAUGUUUGGCAUUCACCACAUGGCGGACGUCGAUUUUGAUCGGGCGUUCACUCAAUGGAGAUAGCCGCCCACUCGCUUACUUCGACGACUCCCCAUGGACGACAUCGAUAAAGCCGGGAUCUUCGCCGGAAGCUCGCAUGCGCAAGCCUAUCAGUGGGUUUCCAGACAUCGCCCGCGAGGCAUUUGGUGACGUUGGUUCCUUUUUGCUUGCUUGUGUUCUCUACUUCGAGCUCUUCUCCGGCAUUGGGAUUUUUCUGGUUUCUAUGGGUGAUCAUAUGCACACAUUGUUCCCCGGCCAUCCAGCAUCCAUCUACAUGAUGGGUGCAGCAUUGAUUUCAGCGAUACCAGUGAUCUUGUUGCGCACAGCCCGCUUGCUGUCAUACCUCAGCAUGGUUGGUACUGUCGCGACAAUUUGCGUGGUUGUUUCUGUGGUCUUGUCAUAUCUUGUCGAAGGUGAUAUCACAGAACGGAUUGCACAAACCAUCCCAGAUAGCGAACCACCUUAUCAUGGAGCCUUUCGGAUCGAUGGCAUUCCGUUGGUAUUUGGACUAGUUGCCUACUGCUUCUCAGGUCAUGCAAUUGUACCCAGCAUCUUCUGUUCGAUGGAAAGACCUCAGGAUUUCGAGAAAGUUGUGAAUAUUUCAUUUGCGAUUGUGUUUGUGAGCUGCUUGGCAGUUGCGUUGAGCGGCUAUAUGAUGUUCGGAGAUUUUGUACUUGACCAAGUGACUUUGUCUCUCGAAGAAAACUCGUCGGCAGAGUUUGCCAUGACGAUCUUGACGUAUCUGAUGAUCUUGACAGCCUUUUCCAAGUUGACUCUGACAAUGUUUCCUUUGGCAAUUGGAAUGGAAGAAAUCUUUGCUCCAUUUCUUUCUACAGAAAGGGCGGUCGAGGCUUGUUCCAUCUUGAUAAAAGUGGUGUUGCUCUUUGCGGCCUUAUUAGUGGCUGUAUAUGUUCCCUCUUUCUCAUUCUUAUGUUCCAUGGUCGGCAUGAUUUGUACCAUGAUUGUCUCGGUGAUUUUCCCUUCUGCAGCCUACCUCCGCUUAUUUGGGCCUAAGCUUGGGUAUCUAGAGUCUCUGGUGUACUGGUGCUUUAUGUUAAUUGGAUGUUUCGUUGCAGUCGUCGGUACUGUACUGUCUGUCGGAUGA